ACAUAAAUUUAUAUAUGAAGUCUCUGAGACCUCUGAGAUCUCAAAUGUGUCAAAUAGAUGUUAGAAAAACCAUUUAACUCUUAAAACUACAGCUAUUUAUUAUUUUGUAUCAGAAAUGUGCUUUGUGAGCCAUAUUUAUCAGCCACUGGUGAUGUAGGAUAAAAGUGCCCAAGGACUUGAAGCAGUGCAUGCUGGUUAGAAAUGUUGUCCUUCUUGAGAUGGCCCUGAUGCUACGUCACUGUGACGUUUGCCAUCAAAGUGUCGUGAGAGUGAAUCAAGAGAAGUUGGUUGGCAAUAGGCUUGUGUGAGAUGAGCAAAAUCAGUAUAGAACCGAUCACUGGUGAUCACUGCAAAGAUGCAUGACGGUUAGAAAUGUGAUUGUUUUCACAUUAAAUAACAAGUACUUUGGGUGUUUUGUUCAUCAUAUUUAUUAUCAUAUGACUAUCAUAUGAUUUAUUAUCAUAUGAAAGCAAUAGAACUUAAAUUACAUCCAGUUUAUUAUAGCAGCAAAGCACAUGAGCAUGAAUCAUGAAAGAUCCCAUUGACUAAUCCACUACGAGAAGGGAGAACUGUCCGUCUUGACUGCAUUUUUUUCCACUCCUCUGCAGCCACCUACUCUCAUCUAAUUUCGAGGCGAGGCACAUCUCAAAUGAGCUUAAAUUCUGCACUCCUCUUUCUUCUUCUGUUCUUUUUUUUUAUUGGCAAGGUAUAAAAAAUAUAAUAUAGCACAAAUAUAAAAAUACAUAUUUAAAUAAAGUGAUAAUGAAAGUAAAGCAUCAAUUACAAACAGAACGCAGAAAAUGAAAACUUUAACUUUAGAAAUAAGAUAAAGGGGUAGCACAGGUUUAUUGUCUUAAGAGAUUUGAAAUUAAGAUGAAGAUGAAGACAAAAUAGCUUGGAUGUAUUGUUGGAUUUUGACAAGUAAACUACUGCAAUGAAUGUGAAAUUUUGCAAGCAGCAAUAAAAGAUAAAUAAUAAAGUACUCAUUAUUUAAGAAACCAAACAACACAUCCUUUGAACCUAAAUGCAAGUUGCAGUUAAUACAUUUAGAACAUUCAAUCCAAAAUAAUAAAAAAUAAAUAAAUAAAAAAUGGUAUUUGAAUAUAAGAUGAUUUAGAUAGCUGAGAAACAGUCAAAAGUUGUUUCUCAAACCAAUUGCUGAAAAACUGUUUAAUUUUGUGAUUCCAGAAAUCCGAAAAACUUUAUUUUCAAAACAACUUAGUGUGUUAAGACCAGUUGUAAAUGCUCUCCGAAACAUUUUCGAGACAGAUUUAAAUCUGAUCGUUCAAAUCACUUCAGCAGGUGGUCUGAGACGCCUUCCAGAUGAAACUGGACAAGUAUAAAUGCAUCUGGUUGUUGAAACACAUAUGUGACCCUGGACUUUUUUAAGACUUUUGUUCAAAUGACAAAAUCUGAUCAGCAGUUAAAUCAAUAAAUUUUUCUUUUAUGCCAAAAAUCAUUAGUAUAUUAAGUAAAGAUCAUAUUACAUGAAGAUAUUUUGUAAAUUUCCUUCUGUAAAUAUAUCAAAACGUCAUUUUUGAUUAGUAAUAUGCAUUGCUAAGAAUUAAUUUGAACAACUUUAAAGGCGAUUUUCUCAAUAUUUAGAUUUUUUUGCACCCUCAGAUUCCAGAUUUUCAAAUAGUUGUAUGUCGGCCAAAUAUUGUCAUAUCCUAACAAAACAUACAUCAAUGGAAAGCUUAUUUAUUCAGCUUUCAGAUGAUGUAUAAAUCUUAAUUUCGAAAAAUUGACACUUAAGACUGGUUUUGUGGUCCAUGGUCACAUAUGUAAAUUUUACCCCUCCCAAAAUGUUAAAAUAAUAAACGUGUAAAAGCAUAUUAUAGCCUGAUAUGACAGCACUAAUGCAACACACAUCACGGCAGAUGAGUAGCUGAGUAUCUCUUUAUUUAUGUAAAAUUAAUUAGAUUAAUAAUAAUAAUGUAUUGAUUUAAAUAAUUUUAAUUCAUCCUGUGGCCCCCAGCCCUUUGGUUGAAAACCGCUGAUCUAAAACUAUUCUUUGCGAAGAGAUGGAGCACAGAGACACUGCAGCACAUCCAGCAGCCAGCUGUGUGUCUGUGGAAAGUAACAAAUCUAUGGAUUUUCCUCCUCGAUUCAGUGGAGAAGUGGUGACCUCUGAGCCCAGAAAGAGAUCCAGAAGACAUUCUGUUCCACAAACAGUCAUGGGAGCAUCCAGUUCUGCUGGUUCUGCUGACUCUAACACACAAGCAGCCCUACAGGAGGAGACUGGAAACCUGCAGAAACCAGUAGAUGAUACACUUCAGAGAGUCAAAGACAAGCACAAAACCAGAAUGAAGAACAAUUACGAGAGCUUAUUUGAGGGAAUGAAAUUCCAAGAGAAUGAAACCCUCCUUAACAGGAUCUACACACAGCUUUACAUCAUAGAAGGAGAGAGUGAUGGAGUGAAUGAAGAACAUGAGGUUUUACAGAUGGAGAAAACAGCCAGAACACAACUCACACAAGACACUUCCAUCUACUGCAAUGACAUCUUUAAAGCCUCACCUGAACCAGAAUGUGAGGAGAAAGACAAACUCAGGGUUGUUCUUACUAAAGGCAUUGCUGGAAUCGGAAAAACCAUCUCUGUGCAGAAGUUCAUUCUGGACUGGGCCGAGGGAAAGGCCAAUCAGGAUGUAGAUUUCAUUUUUUUGCUUCCAUUUCGAGAGCUGAACUUGAUUCAAGAUCAGCAAUAUAGUCUUCACAGACUUCUGCUGGACUUUCAUCCUGAACUUCAAGAUCUGGACUCAAAGACUUAUAAGGAAUGUAAAAUUGUGUUUAUCUUUGAUGGUUUGGAUGAAAGCAGAAUCACACUGAUGUUUACAGACACUCAGAAAGUUUGUAACGUGACAGAGACUUCAUCAGUGGGUGUGUUGAUGUCAAACCUCAUGCAAGGAGAGCUGCUUUCCUCUGCUCUCAUCUGGAUCACCUCCAGACCAGCAGCAGCCAAUCAGAUCCCUUCCAAAUACAUCAACCGUCUGACAGAAAUUCAGGGAUUCAAUGAGUCUCAGAAGGAAGAAUAUUUCAGAAAGAGAAUCAAUGAUCAGCAUCAAGCCAACAGGAUCAUCUCACACAUCAGAAAAGCAAGAAGCCUCCACAUCAUGUGCCACAUCCCUGUCUUCUGCUGGAUCUCAUCAACUGUGCUUCAGAAGCUCCUGAAGGAAGAUCUGAGUGCAGAAAUCCCUCAAACUCUGACUGAAAUGUACAUCCACUUUCUGCUGAUUCAGAUCAACAUGAGGAAUCAGAAGUAUGAAGAGAGAGAUCCAGAGAAACUCCUGCAGUCCAACAGAGAAGUGAUUGUAAAACUUGCUGAAGUGGCUUUCAAACAGCUGAUGAAGGGCAAUGUGAUGUUCUAUGAGGACGACCUGAGUGAGAGCGGCAUAGACAUCACUGACGCCUCAGUGUAUUCUGGGAUUUGCACUGAGAUCUUCAAGGAGGAAUCAGUGAUUCAUCAGAGGAAAGUGUACAGCUUUAUUCAUCUGAGCAUUCAGGAGUUUCUUGCUGCUUUUCAUGUGUUUUACUGCUACUUAAGCUGUACAAUGGAGACCCUUAAGGUUUUUGAUUCAAUGCAUUAUCUGCAUAAAGGAGCAAUAGAUAAAGCCAUUGGAAGUGAGAAUGGACAGCUGGAUCUGUUCCUGCGAUUCCUGCUGGGCGUCUCACUGGAGUCCAAUCAGAGACUCUUACAGGAUCUAUUGACACACACAGAGAACAGCUCAGAGAACAUCAGGAGAACUUCACAGUACAUUAAAAAGAAGAUCAAAGAUGGACAUGGACUCUCCACUGAAAGAUCCAUCAAUCUGUUCCUCUGCCUGCUGGAAGUGAAAGAUCAGAGUCUGUCCAGAGAAAUUCAGGAGUUUGUGAAAUCAGACAAACACUCGGAGAAGAAGCUCUCUCCUGCUCAAUGCUCAACAAUCGCCUACCUGCUUCAGAUGUCAGAGGAGGCGCUGGAUGAGUUUGAUCUGAAGAGAUACAACACAUCAGAUGAGGGUAGAAGAAGACUGAUACCAGCUGCAAGCAACUGCACAAAAGCUCUAUUCGCUGACUGUAGAUUCGCUGCUCAGUAUUGUGAGAGUUUAUCAUCAGCUCUUCAGUUCUCAAAUACUGCUCUGAGAGAGCUGGACCUGACUAAUAAUGACCUACAGGAUUCAGGAGUGAAGUUGCUCUUUGAUGGAUUGAAGAAUUGUCAGCUGCAGAUACUGAGAUUGCCCAGCUGUAAUCUCACUGGUCAGUCCUGUGAAAUUGUGUCAUCAAAUCUACAAUCCUCUAACUGUGCCCUGAGUGAGCUGGUCCUGAGUAACAAUGACUUGCAGGAUUCAGGAGUGAAGCUGCUCUCUGAUGGACUGAAGAGUCCAAACUGUCAGCUGCAGAUACUGAGGUUGUCUGGCUGUAUGGUGACAGAGGAAGGCUGUGGUUUUGUGUCUUCAGCUCUGAGUGUAAACCCCUCACACCUGAGAGAACUGGAUCUGAGCUACAAUCACCCAGGACAAUCAGGAGUCCAGCAACUCAGUGACAAACUGAACGAUCCAAACUGCUCACUGCAGACACUUAAUGUGGACCAUGGAGCAGAGUACAGGAUUACAGCAGGACUACGGAAGUAUGCCUGUGAUCUCACACUAGACCCAAACACAGCACACACUCAAGUCAUCCUAUCUGAGGACAAGAAGAUGGCAAAGCAUGCAAAAGACCAUCAGGCAUAUCCUGAUCAUCCAGAGAGAUUUGAAUGUCUUCAGGUUCUGUGUGGAGAGAGUCUGACUGGACGCUGUUACUGGGAGGCUGAAUGGAGUGGGACAGGGACAGAAAUAUCAGUGUCAUAUAAAGAUAUCAGCAGGAAAGGAGGAAGUGACUGUAUGUUUGGAUUCAAUCAAAAAUCUUGGAAUCUGAGUGGCUUUUAUAAACGUUUCAUUGCCUGUCACAAUAAUAACAGCACUGAUAUACCUGCCCCUUCAUUUUCAUCUAAUCGAGUAGGUGUGUAUCUGGACUGGUCUGCUGGUACACUGUCCUUCUACGGUGUCUCUGACACACACACACUCACACACAUACACAUAUUCAACACCACGUUCACUGAACCCGUCUAUGCUGGAUUUGGGAUUUAUUAUGACUCAUCUGUGUCUCUGUGUCACAUGGUACAACAAGGAUGUCAAACAUAAAAAUAUGAAAGAAAAAAUAAUAUUUAUAACAUAUUUAUGACAUUCCUGCUGGUAUUAGAAGAAGACAUUUUCUUACUUCAGGACCCCUGGGGGUCUCCUAGUGUUUCAAUGAAACUGUAGUGUUUAAUUAUCGCACGGACAUAACGUUAUUUUAUAUGUCAUUUUUCCCAGUUUUGUACAUAAUCUCUCUGAAAAUGAAAGUGCUGUACAUGCUGUUUUCUAAAGGAAUUUACAGACAGCCAUCCUCAUUGUCACCUCACAGAGAAAGCAGGUCAGAAAUGAAUGGGGGAUUCAGUUAUUUUUCCUUCAAAAUUCAAGAUAUGGUUGUAGAAAAUGCCACCUUUGUGAGUUCUUGUUUCUCUCUCUCUCUCUCUCUCUUUAUAUAUAUAUAUAUAUGUAUAUGUAAACAUAGUUAAGCAAUAUCAAUCGAGCAACAAUGCAGUUUUCCUGAAUAUCAGCACUGCAAAUCUGAUAUUGUUUUUUUUUUUUUAUAAUACAUAAAAAGUUCAUGUCAAGUGACUUACAAAUAAAUCCACAACAGACGUUUUA